AGUCAGCGGUCAGGGAGCAGCCCCGAUCACAACCCCAAAUCCCAUCUCCCAACGGGGAACAUGAAGCUCCCGCAUUUGGGUCGUGCGGCGGCCGGCUCGACUAGGCCCGACUGCCACCAGAGGUCGCCGGGAACCCGCUGCCUCCGAAACUCUUCCGCUUUUCCCGACCAGAAACCGAACCACCUCCUCAGGCCCUCGGGGUCCCUUCUCCGCCUCCACCCACCACUCGGUCCCAGAGUUCGGAGCCAGGGGCCCCGCCUACCUGAGGGGCCCCGCUCAGCGGACGCGUAGAAGAGGAGCACUUCCGUCAGACGCACGCACUUCCGGCCUCCUGGAGCCAAUGAGGGCGCGGCCGCGGGUGUUACCCUCAUUAGCGUCCGGGCUGCGGAGCGUCUCUCGGAUAGCUCGGGCUGGUCCGCCCUGAGGAGGAGUAAAGCAGACUUCACUCUACAAAAAGAAAAAUCUCUCAUGGAAUUUUUAAACUUUCCCUGUUGAAAUGUUUUAACUGUGAUGUGUCUACUGAGGAGUUCUAUCUCUCCAUCUCUAUUCCUAGUACAAUAAGAGAGGUGUCAGAGUUUUCCAUUUAGAUCUACAACUUCAAAUUCUCAGCAUGGAAAACUCAGAGAAGACAGAAGUGGUUCUCCUUGCUUGUGGUUCCUUUAAUCCUAUCACCAAUAUGCACCUCAGGCUGUUUGAGCUGGCUAGGGACUACAUGAAUGGAACAGGGAAAUAUGAAGUUAUCAAAGGCAUAAUUUCUCCCGUCGGCGAUGCAUAUAAGAAGAAAGGACUCAUCUCUGCCCAUCACCGAGUUAUCAUGGCAGAACUCGCCACCAAGAACUCAAAAUGGUUGGAAGUUGAUACAUGGGAAAGUCUUCAACAGGAUUGGAUAGAGACUGCCACGGUGCUAAGACACCAUCAAGAGAAGCUGGAAGCCAGUAGCUGUGAUCAGCAGCAGGACUCACCUGUACUGGAAAGGCCUGGACGGAAGAGGAAGUGGGCUGAACAAAGACAAGAUUGUAGUCAAAAGAAAUCACUAGAGCAAACAAAAACAAAAGGUGUGCCAAAGGUGAAGUUGCUGUGUGGAGCAGAUCUCUUGGAGUCCUUUGGUGUGCCCAAUCUGUGGAAGGGUGAGGAUAUCACCAAAAUCGUGGGAGACUAUGGGCUUAUAUGUAUUACUCGGGCUGGAAAUGAUGCUCAGAAAUUCAUCUAUGAAUCCGACCUGCUGUGGAAACACCAGAACAACAUUCACGUGGUGAAUGAAUGGAUCACCAAUGACAUCUCAUCCACAAAGAUCCGGCGAGCCCUCAGAAGGGGCCAGAGCAUUCGCUACUUGGUACCAGACCUUGUCCAGGAAUAUAUUGAGAAGCAUAGUUUGUAUAGCUCCGAGAGUGAGGAGAGGAAUGUUGGGGUGAUCCUAGCUCCUUUGCAGAGAAAAACUGCAGAAGCUGACACAUGAGAAAUUCUCCAGCAUGGUAUUGUGGACUUUCCUUUUGGGAAUUUGAAACAGUGUGGGUGUUAGUAAAUGGGGGAAGGAAUUGUGAUCCUCUUUAAUAAAUUAAAGUUUAAAAGGUUGGUAAAAAUCAGUAGUAAUUUAAAAUCAGGUUUAUCUUUAUCAGAAGUUACUAAGGUGAAUGAUUUCAAUUUUUUUUUUAGGAAUAUACAAAUCCCUUUAUCUUUAAAACAAGAGAUUAGUAGCAGAGCUAAUUGUAGAAGAACAUUAUAGAAGAACAUUUAAUAUACAAAUCCCUUUAUCUUUAUUUUUUAUUAUUAUUAUAAAUUUAUUUAUUUAUCUUUGGCUGCAUUGGGUCUUCGUUGCUGUGCACGGGCUUUCUCUAGUUGCGUCGAGCUGGGGCUACUCUACGUUGCGGUGCGUGGGCUUCUCAUUGCGGUGGCUUCUCGUUGCAGAGCACGGGCUCUAGGCGUGUGGGCUUCAGUAGUUGUGGCACGUGGGCUUCAGCAGUUGUGGCUCGCGGGCUCUAGAGCGUAGGCUUCAGUAGUUGUGGCACGUGGGCUUAGUUGCUCUGUGGCAUGUGGGAUCUUCCCGGACCAGGGCUCGAACCCGUGUCCCCUGCAUUGGUAGGUGGAUUCUUAAACACUGCGCCACCAGGGAAGUCCCCUCUUUAUCUUUAAAACAAGAGAUGCGUAGCAGAACUAAUUGUAGAAGAACCUUGUAGAAGAACAUUCAAUCAAACUAACUACAAAAAGAAUUCAAAAAAGACAUCCUGGCUUUACCACAGAAAGAGAAGUAAAGUGUGAAAAGUAAAGAGACCAUUUAAGAUCCUAAUUUUAGUUACGAAAGGAACGAACAUUUUAUGCAUGCCUUUUUUCCUGGGCAGCGCUCACUCAGGGUGGCCAAAGAAUUCUUAAAAUAGUGAUCUUGUAAAAUGCAUCACUGAUCAGUCAUCUCCAGCUGUGUAAAAUACCGGCUGUGAAGUCCUGGCAGAAACUACGCCAGGAGCCGGUUCUCUCCGGCACACAUCAGAAGGCCAGUGAAGCUUUGCUAGGCACGCUUACCUGCAGCCCCACCUGUAGAGGCAGGGAGAGGGGUCCAAGCCCUGGAACGUUUAGAAAGGUACACGGGUGUUUCUGAUGCCCAUGAGAGGCAGGGAGCCUCUGCCUUCCCCACGUUAUGCACAGAUUCUCUUAGCACAGCCCUGUUGUGGCUCGUGGUCCAGCCCUGGCCAUCUGCCAUCUCUGUAUAGAAGGGAUGUCGUGCUACCUGACACAGAGAGAACCACAGAGAAUGAGAGAUCUCACUCAAGGAUUUUGUGAGGUGUGAAUGCUCUUAGCCUUUACUGGUAGCUUAAUCAGAUGGUGAAAGGACACGAGAAAUGCUGCACUGGACCAGCCCAGCAGUUCCUCUUUCUUUUUGUGGCUGCGUUGGGUCUUCGUUGCUGUGCGCAGGCUUUCUCUAGUUGCAGCGAGCGGGGGCUACUCUUCAUUGUGGUGCGCGGGCUUCUCAUUGCGGUGGCUUCUCUUGUUGCGGAGCACGGGCUCUAGCCGCACAGACUUCAGUAGUUGUGGUAUGUGGGCUCAGUAGUUGCGGCACACAGGCUGUAGAGCACCGGCUCAGUAGUUGUGCUGCAUGGGCUUAGUUGCUCCGUGGCAUGUAGGAUCUUCCCAGACCAGGGCUCGAACCUGUGUACCCUGCAUUGGCAGGCAGAUUCUCAACCACUGCACCACCAGGAAAGCCCCCCAGCAGUUCCUUUAGCUCAGAAUUUUGGUUCCUGAUGAGUGGCUUGUGGAAGAAAUCUCCACAGCCUCAAUCUAAAACUCUCGAGUUUCUGAAGACCCCUGCUGGUUCUAUUCCAGCCCACUGUGAACCUGCCAUUUGUGGAUUUAAGCAGAAAAAGAGUCUGUUUUCUUAUGCUUUUUCUCUUCUUGUCCUUUUGUAGGAACUUUACCCAAAGUAGAACACUCAAAUAAUAAUUGAAGUCAUAACGUUAUGUUAAAAACACAAACUUGUUAUAUGGUUUGCUACUGAUUGAAAUUUUGUGGAAGUUUUACCAAUUAAUAAAACAAAAAGACCAGAAAUAGCUUUUUCUAGAAUAGAUUUAUGGUUCAUGACAAUCACUCUGUGAUAGAAAGAGGACUAAAGUUAAAUUUCUAAUGAAAGUAGAAUAGGGACUUCCCUGGUGGCACAGUGGUUAAGAAUCCACCUGCCAGUGCAGGGGACACGGGUUCGAGCCCUGGUCUGGGAAGAUCCCACAUGCCGCGGAGCAACUAAGCCCGUGCGCCACAACUACUGAGCCCUCGUGCCACAACUAUUGAAGCCCGUGUGCCCUAGAGCCCGUGCUCCACAACAAGAGAAGCCACCGCAGUGAGAAGCCCGUGCAUGGCAGUCAAGAGUAGCCCCCGUUCGCCGCAACUAGAGAAAGCCCACGCGCAGCAACAAGGACCUGACACAGCCCCCCAAAAUAAUAAUAAUAAUUUUAAAAGAAGAAAGUAGAAUAAUUUACCUUUACAUACCUACAUCUAAUAAUUUACAUUUCAUACCUACACCACUCUAAAGGAUUUAUACCUCUGUAGGAGAAAAAAAUGUACUUAUACCUGUGCAGUUAGAUAGUCAGAUCUGAAGCCACCAUUUAAAAAAGGAAAAUGUUAAAUAAACUUGGCAAAUGUAAAUUCUACAGCUCGUGGCUUAUUCUUAUAAAGUCAACAGGCUGACUUCUCAAAGACGGAGGAGAGCAAAGCCUGGCACCCAAUAGCUUCAGUCUCUUAUCUGCUGAACAAAUGCAAGGUUAUAAUCUCAGAUUGUAGAGAUGAGGAUCAUUCUUCCACUCCUCAGCUUUUCGGAGUUUAAGAAUUGUAGCAGUACUGAAAAAUAACAAUCUAGAAACAGAUGAAGUUAUCAAAAUGUAACUUUGAUUUCUUCUCCUGGAAAACUACACUUAGUUUAUAUGAACUGUGUGUGAACUGCAGGAAGUUUCCAGUGCUAGAAACUUUUCUACUUUGAUGCCUUCCUGCCUAGAAGUGCUCACAGCCUGCUUAGCUGUGAGUAUAUUGACCUCAGGGCCCACUGGGUAAGGCAUGUGGGGACCCUCCCAGGAGACCUGGUAACAGUGAAAUGAUCCUAUUGUUGUGCUAUUUAUGGAUCAACAACUUUGUACAUGGAAGGAGCUGCUUGCCUUUUUGUCCCAGUACCAGGAUGCUGCUAAUGCCACAAAGUAAUAAUGUAGUUUAGGGUAUCCUUAAGGACAGAACUUCCUCUUUGGAUAAUGAAAUAAGACAAUGAAUUUCACAAGGGAAUAAAUAUCAGUAACUGUUGUGGCUUCUGUUGAGGAAGAGGGGAAAAAUGCCAUUGUUUGUUCCCUACCAUACCUUUUUCAUACUUGGCUCUUGUAAUGUGAAUUUAAGAGUUUAGGAAGUGUGUAGAGCUGGUGUUUUGUUUGAUGCUGGUGUUUUUUAUGUGUUGUACUCCCUUACCUCUUACAUUGUCUAAUUUGAAGCAGCAAAAGAGCGUUCAGUAGAAGUCCUUUACUGCAGCUUCAUUCAGCUGAGCCUACAGCAUACGGGGAGAUCUGUGUUGUUGUUUGCCUGGUAAGUGGACAAGUGUGAACAGCACUUGUUAGCAGUUCCUUGGAACUGGGGCACUGAAUGCCUAGUGCGAUUGAGCCAAGGGGCUGAUUUAGCCUCAUCUCCUGGGUCAAAGGAUGCUCUUUCUUUUCCUGCCCCCUUGAGUAUCUCACUACAGGGUAGAAGGAAGCAUCCCCCCAAGGUCAGCAUGCACGGCAGUGGUGGGGCUGCUGUCAUCCUUACCCCACCCUCUCCAAGUCACUUCUCUGGGAGCCCGGAAGUUGCUAUAUUAUGAAAUGGGAUCCUUUGACAUUUAUUUCUGGGUGCCACGGGACAUCCAUUCCUCCACCAUUCUCAUAAUUACUCCCAAAGGCCUCUUGAUCUAAAAUGUUCACCAUAGCAUCCACCUGACUAUGAGAAGGCAUAGACAGUAUCCAUCUCUAAGAUCUGUACCUAGUUCACCAGUGGUGCUGUUUGAACUUAAUAAUGUCAACACUUAAUAAUUGUGCCCGGCAUGUGCUAACAUGUGCCUUAUAUCAUAAGGGAAAUGGGCACAAUUAGGUGACUGGUGUGAAUGGCAAAACUGAAGCUUGAACGAGCAGUUUGUCUUCAGAACCUGUGCUCUUAACCUCUUUACUCCUUGUGUAAUGUAUUACUUUUCAAAGAAUGAGGUUUUAGUCAAAUCUUGAAAUUUGCGUCCACCCAAAGUGGAUAAAUACAAAUAAAUAAAACU